AUGGAUAUCACAAGCGAGUGCAGCGCUCCGAACGAUCUACUGGCAGGCCAUUCAGAUAAUGACGACGAGUUUCGCACAUCGCAAACAAUCACAUCUGAUCCAAGCCGUCAAAGUUCGUGGAUUGUUCCACGCGGAAGAGAGCGCACCGAAAUUCCAGAACGGUCGACCAUUCGGGACCAAGACGAUGCCCGUUGGCGCGAGGUAGUUGACAUGUUUGGGCACUUGUCAAAAGACACGGCAAACAUCCAAUCAAUCUUGCAAGAGCUGCACAAGGGAAUGGAUGGGCAAUUAGCCUCCAAACCAGAUAUAUUGAGGACUCAGAAUGAGCUAGAAGAGGCCAAAUCAAGCUUGGAAGAAGUUCACAAGAAGUGGAAGAAGACGGCUUUGGAGCUGAACCAGUUACGGUCCCAAGGUACAAGGCCGUACCAGCUUCUCGACGCAGACCUCGAAAGGUCGGUGCAAGGGCUUAGAUACGAGAUCAGAAACAUUUCCUGUUCUUUUCAGUUUUCUGCAUUCAGGCUGCCUGAACACUUUUUGCAGCCUCAAAGCAACGGCCUGGAAAAGUGUAUGGUUGAGGCUAUGGAACAAUUCUAUGCAAAUCAUGGCAAUCGCAUAUCGGAGAACAUGGGGCCCGCCAUCGUCCAGUCCUUCCUCUGGAGGAUACUAGUUUCCGAAGUAUCCGAGCGAUUCCGCUGGGCCCCGGAACUGCAAUCUUCUAUUACCGAUGUUUACAAUUUUUUACAACCAGAUUAUGUUUAUCACUCUGAGCGAGGAAUACCAUCGGGAACAGAAGCUCAGCGAAAGUUUCAGGUUUGGAAGGCUGAUACCUCAGCUCUCAUUCUAGAGUCUAUGAACAAUGAAGACAGGGACAAAUGUCUGCAACAGGUGGAUACCUUUACUCGUGACCUUUCAACACAGAUCCUCGAUAUCCUACAGCCAUUUGCGCUGGGUUCAGACAAGAUAUCGGAUCAACUCGGGCUUAUUAUCAAUGAUUUCAUCAGUCUUGACAAGGAGAUCUGCAGACAAGUCACACGCGUCGACUGGCUUUUCCAUUCUUUGCAGCAUCCGUUACAAUUCAACCCAGAAAUAAUGACAGCAAUAGGAGCAGAGAUUGCACCACAAUCAGGGCAGCAUAUUGAUUUGAUCGUGGCACCUGGCUUGAAGAAGCGAGGUAGACAUACGGGCGAAGAUUUUGGGUCUGAGCACCUCCUAUUGAAGAUGGAUGUCAUCUGCAUUCCCUCUUCAAGGGGACGAGUUAGCAAGCGACAGUGUUUCUAG